AUGUCGACAGGCACCAACAUCGUGGCGUACGGCGUGGCGAGCGGGAAUCAUACGCUGUAUGGAGGGUUUGGGACUAUCCCUGGGUACGCGACUUCGCCUGUGCCGUACGUGGCUACUGCGCCUGGGUAUGGGGGGUCUCCGCAUGGGUACCAUCCGUCUCAUUCUCAUGGGUAUGGACAUUCAUCUGGGACCCCUGGGUACACGCCUUCUGGUACACCGGGAGGAUACACUCCGUCUGGCACACCAGGGUCUGGCACGCCUCCCUACGGACCGACAGUUGUCGUGGGUACGACGGCUGCUGCGUUUAGAGUUGCGCCCGCUCCCAGUACUGGUGCGAGUGUUGGUGUUGAGAUGGGGCCUAGUGUUGAGGAGGAGGAUCGGAGUGGGGAGGUUGUACCUGGGAGGGUUAAGAGGGAGAGGGAGAAGGAGAAGGGGGGUGCUAGAGAGGGGGGUGAGAGUAAGAGGGGAGGCAAGCGAGGAAGUGGAGGGAGGAAGACGAGGAGUCGUAGUCGGAGUAGUACUGCUGCGUCUAGUCCUAUUUCUGGUGCGGCAAGUCCGGGUGCGUCGGCGCCUAGUCCUCUUUCGGGGAGUCCGCUUUCUGCGCCCAGUCCGCUGUCGGUGCCUAGUCCUCUAUCCGGACGUGCUUUGUCGGUGUCGGAGGAUGGGUCGAGGUCUGGGUCUGGGUCUGGGAGGUCGACGCCUGUUGCGGGUGUGAAAGCUGCGCUGGAGAAGGAAGGAGAGAAGGAGAAGGACCGUAUUUCUGGUGCGGCAAGUCCGGGUGCGUCGGCGCCCAGUCCUCUUUCGGGAAGUCCGCUUUCUGCGCCCAGUCCUCUGUUGGCGCCUAGUCCUCUGUCUGUGCCUAGUCCUCUAUCCGGACGUGCUUUGUCGGUGUCGGAGGAUGGGUCGAGGUCUGGGUCUGGGUCUGGCAGGUCGACGCCUGUUGCGGGUGUGAAAGCUGCGCUGGAGAAGGAAGGAGAGAAGGAGAAGGACCGGGAGAAGGAGAAAGAGAGAGCGGUUGCUGGUGCGGAGAAGGGAGCUUCGAUUAGGACCGCAUCGACGGCUACACCAUCCAUCGCGGCUUCAUCAACACCCGUGGCAGCUACAUCAACGUCGACGACGACUAUAUCUACGGAGAAAGCACCAUCCACGACGACGGCACCAUCCACGACUGCCCCACCCAAACUCUCCAAACCGCAUCUAUCAGCUACGCAGCAAUUACGAGCGAAGCCUGUCUUACGACGUGAUUCUGCUAGUUCGAGUUCGAGUGGGAGUGCUGGAACGGGUGGUGGUGGUGGAGGUGUGAGUCCGACCCCGCCUGCUAGUGCGUUGGUUGCUAGUGUUUCUGGGAGUUUGGGGGGUAUGGGAGGACCGAGGUUUGGGCGUGGUGGUGGUGCUGCGUCUUCGAGUUCGAGUAUGGCGGUGGCAGGUGGGAAGGGUUUGGGUGGGGGUAAGGAUGAUGGGAAAGGCAUGGAGAAGGAGAAGGAUACAGCCGUCGGCGUCGAUAAGGAGAAAGAGAAAGACGCGGCUAAGGAGAACGAUAAAGACGGGGAGAAGGAGAAGGAUAAGGAGAGAGAGAGGGAGGACGAGGGUGUGGAUGUGAAUAUGGAUGUGGAUGUGCAGGACGACGCUGGGGCUUCGACUGCUGAGCCGGAUGAAACGACUUCUUCGAAGUUGGGUGUAGCUCCAGGCGCCGCUGCGAAGCCAGAUACCACCGUUACCCCAACUUCAGCUCAACCCCCAGCCACGUCGACUUUGAGCGCGAAUCAACCCCCCGCUACGUCUACUUCAGGUCUAGCGACCAUUACGACUUCAGAGCGUGCUGGUGCGAAGCCUUCGACGCCAUCUACUACUGCGAGUGGGCUUCGAGUUUCGGUCACGGCUUCCCCUUCGACGUCGAGUGUCCGUCCCUCAGUGUCUUCCUCCACUACAGGUGUCCGAUCUUCAGCCGCCUCCACUGGCGUUCGACCCGCAACCUCAUCCACCACUGGUGCUCGUCCCUCAACCUCCUCCCCCACUGGUGUUCGACCGACGUUGUCUUCGCCUUCCACGACCAGUCUCCGAACUUCCCCGCCCUCAGCGUCGAGCGGUAUCACGACCAACGCGAUUGACGAUCUCGCCCGGUCACUUGCGGGCCAGUUAUCUGCUUCAUUGGGUGAUGUGUUGGUUAAGCAGGUUGUGGAGGGGUUGAGUGGGGUUGUUAGGGAGGGGGUUGAGAAGUUGGGUGGGGUGGGUGAUGGCCAUGGUGGACGGGAGGGAGCAGCGGGUGACCAGAUGGACGUUGAUGGUGAUACUUCCCGUUCAUCGCGAUUGGGUGAGGAGCUGAGGGGUGUUGUUAGGGAGGAGGUGCGGGAGGGUGUCAGGGAGGACGUUGCCGGGGUUUGUGGAGGUGUUUUGAGAGGGCAGAGGGAGGAGACGGAUAGAGUGAUCGAGGGCGCUGUUGAGAAAGCUGUGAGGGCUGUUUUGGAGGGGUGUCUCGCUUCUUCUGCUUCCGAUGGCGCGAAGCGUUUGGAGUUUUCGUCCUCCUCGUCUGGGUCAUCUACGUCGACGACUGCGAUAACCACCACUGAGAAGACUGUGGAACCGGAAAUCGCCAAGAUUUUUGAAGCGUUGCUCGGUCUUUUGGAGGGCAAUUCGAUACUUCGGGCGCUGGUUGAAGGCUGGGGGAAGGAGGUUGAGAAGGGGCUCGGAGCUAUCCUCGACAGCUUGAAGAACGCGGGGGAACGACGGGAGGAGCGGAUGGACGUUGAUCGUAGUGUGAAUGCGGACGUCAUCAAGGAGAUCGUAGGUUCCUUGAAGGGGUUGGUGGAGGAGGAAGUUGUGGCCGGUGUUGAUCGACUGCGAGCCAGUUUGGAGAGGGUGGGGGAUGGGGAGGAACGUAGUGUCAGAGGAGUUGGAGUUGGAUGGGAAGACCUUCGUGGUGCGCUGGAGAGGAUUGAGAGGAAGGUUGAUUCUGUGUUGGGUGGAGAUGGGGGGCGACAUGGGUUUGAUUGGAAAUGGGGGAGAGAUGAGGAGAGGGCGUUGAGGGAGAGGGAGAUGGGUUUGCAGGUUAUUAAGCGUGUGGAGGGUGGUGCGCAGACGGACGAGACGUGGCAUGAGGAAGAGGAUGGGGAGGGAGAGAGGCCGAGAGGGAGGCCGUUGGAGGAGGAUUUGACGAUGGUGGAUGAACCGCCUUUCGAGGAGAGGACUGGUUCACGACCACGAUCGCGAGUGGACGGUGGGCCGAGUCGAUCAGGAGGAGGGCCGAAACCAGUGCUCGUGCGUAAAGUCAUGGACGUGAUGAGGAACAUGGCGGAUAUCCUCGAGUUUUCUUCUGAUGGGAACGAUGUGGAGUAUACGACGACGACGUCGGCCAAGGGCAAGGGCAAGGAGAGGGAACACGACCCGUAUUCGAUUGUUCGUUCUCCGUCUUCGACUUCGACCUCGACGACUCGUGUUUCGACUGUUGCUGCUGCGAACAACCUGGUCUCGAACGUCAACGCGAACAACGUUACCACAGUCCUCCUCCCUACACUGCGUGACGAGCUUAGGCUGAUAAGGGAGGAGAUUAAGCUUUCGAGAGAGGAGCAGCUUGCGAGUGAGAGGAGGAGUCGAGAGGAGAUUCAGGCGUUGCGGUUGUUGCACCAGGCCGAGGUGGAGAGUUUGGACAGGAGGAUGAAGGACAUGGAGGAGAGAACUCGUGUUGAAGUCAGGAAUGCUAUUGAGGAGGGGAGGUAUAGGAGUCGGGAUCGGGAUCGGGGUGAUACACUUGAACGCAGAGGCGAUAGUGGUGGGGAUGUGGCGGCCGAGUUGGAAGAGUUGAAGAGGCGGAUUAUGUACCUCGAGUCCCAGACCCAGUCGCGGCAGGGUGAGGAUCGUGAUAUCCAGAUGUCGCCGCAGAUGGAGAGGGGUAGGCAGAGGGAACGGUCGUCUUCGAUUGCGAGUUCGUCGAAUAUGAAUAUGGAGCGGGAAGGUCAGGCGUCUGGUUCGAAUGGGUACUAUCACCCUCAUCACCAACCGUCGCAACAGCAACAACAACAACAACAGCGUGACUGGGACCGCCCGCCUCCUCUACCCACGCGGCACCACAAUGGGUUUGGGAGUGGGUUUGGGAGUAGUAUUCGGAAUUCGCUGUUGAAUGGAGGUGGUGGAAGUGCUUCGGCUCCUCCGUCGAGAAGGCCGUCGAGUGUGUUGGGGGAUGAUCCUGUUGUUGGGGAUGGUGUGGAUGUGAAUCAGCCGUUGCCUGUGAGGAGUCAGAGGAAGGUUAUGAUGGCUCUUUCGAGAGUUGGGCAUGAGUCGUAG